AACAGCCUGGAUAAGGAAAGUACAAAGCCAUCUAUGUUUGGUUUUCGUAGUGGGAGAAAACCCAUCUUUCCUAUUUUCUUUUUUCGUAGUGGGAAAAAACCCAGUUCUUAGUGAAUAGCACAUGACAAAUAUAAGUAUAUAUAUAUAUAUAUAUACUUAGGGCAAUCCAAAAGUAGUGGCCCAGGUACCUUAUUUUCUUAUAAUAGGCUUAUUGAUAUUUUCACCAAAAAAUGAAUAUCAAGUAAAAAUUUCGAAAUAUACAUCAGUCGACUCAGUUUUUGAUCCUGAUUCCGAAUAUGAUAUUUUUAUUGCUCAUACGUUGAGUUUUGAUCGAGAAAAUUGAGAAUUUAGGACAGAAUUUCGACUUUUGCGCCUCUGAUUUAGAAAAAAUGAAUUUUCUCAGCAACAAAACAAAAUUUGAAAAAAAGCCCUACAUAUUUUUAAAACUGGUUACCUGGCCUAUCUAAUGGUGUGUGAAUCAAAGGUCUAACCUUUCACACAAAAAACUAGUAGUGUUUUUGAACGAAGGGUCUUAGUUCUUGACUCAUAUACGUUCCGAGUCUUGCCAAAAUUUCGCUUUAUGGUUGGGAGACUUUGGAGUAUCUUGGCUAGAUGCAGUUUUGAAUAAGGAAUCCAAAUAUAGUAAGCUCAGAGUCUCCAUGAUACUUCAAUAAGCCUAUUAUAAGAAAAUAAGGUACCUGGGCCACUACUUUUGGAUUGCCCUAAGUAUAUAUACGAACUACAUUUUUUAUAGGAAAAACAAAUUUUAGUUGACCAGUUAGAAGAAUUUGAAAUAAAUCAAGCACAAAAAUAUUGGAAUCAAUUAUUACAAAGAUAUGAGAUAGAUAAACGAUUGUUAUUACCAUACGAUCGACAAACGGAACAAUCGCAUACAAAAAAUAUUCAUCAAUUGAAUUGAAUUUCGAUCAAAAUUUAAUUGAUAACAUGUUAAAAUAUGCACAAACAAUGAAUGUAACAAUGUUUCAAUUAUUUUUAACAUGUUAUUAUAUAUUUUUAUUUAAAUUAACAAACGGUGAAAAAGAUUUAUGUAUUGGUAUUCGAAAUGUUAAUAUAAAUGAUCAUAAUUUAGAAUUAAAACAUAAUUUUAUUGAAAUGUUUUUUAAUAUAUUACUAUAUCGUUUUAAAAUAGAUCCUCGGCAUACAUUUUCAAAUAUACUCUUAGCAAUAAAACAAUUAUGUUUAGAUGUAUCAAAAUAUCAAGGGGGAAAAAGCAUACUUCUGUACUUCUCGGUACUUCUCGUACUUCUUGAUACUUCUUCGUACUUCUUCAUACUUUUUUGUACUUCUCCGUACUUCUGAAGUACGAAAUACGAAAUACGAAAUCCUCCUUUCGUACUUCGUACUUCAGAAGUACGGAGAAGUACAAAAAAGUACGAAGAAGUACGAAGAAGUAUCAAGAAGUACGAGAAGUACCGAGAAGUACAGAAGUAUGCUUUUUCCCCCUUGCAAAAUAUUCAUAUUUACCAUAUCACCAGAUAAUUCAAUCGUCAUUAUUAUCAUUCAUUCAAAUAACAUUUCAAUUUGAAUUAUCUAAUAUUUAUUUUGAUAAUUUCUGAAUGAUAAAAAUAAAUUUGAUUUAUCAUUAUUAAUUAAAUCUGAUAUGAAAGAAUGUAUAUUUGAAUAUUCAUGUAAUCUCUUUGAUAGAACAACAAUACGAACAAUAUGUGAAAGAUUUCAAUUAUUUAUAAAACAAUUAUUUUCAACAUCCUUAUCAUUAUUUGAUUUUGAAAAAACAACCGAUUUAUGAAUUAUCUAUUUUAUUAUCACAAGAAAUUAAAUUAUUAUUAAAUAUAAACAAGACAGAAUAUGAUUUUAAUUAUAAAAUAAAAUGUAUUCAUCAAAAAUUUAUACAACAAUCAAUUCAAUAUUCACUAAAAGUAGCUGUUAUAUUAGAUGAACAAUCAUUAACAUAUAAUGAAAUACUUUAUUAUGUACAACAGUUAUCAUUAUAUUUAAUGACUAAUUAUAAUGAUAUAAAAUCAGAUAUAACUGUAAUAGGACAAUGUGUUCAACGUUCAAUUGAAAUGGUCAUUGGAAUGUUAUCAAUAUUAACAACUGGUUGCAUUUAUCUACCAUUAAAUCCAAGUGAUCCAUUACAACGUAUCUUAACAUUAAUUGAUGACACAAAGUCAUCUAUCAUAUUUUUAAAUUCAGCAAUAGAAGAAAAAUUUAAUAAUAAUAAUAAUAAACAAAUUCAAACUAUUAAUAUAGAAAAGAUAUUAGCUAAUACAGGAUGUUCAUGGGAUAUUCAUCUCGGAGAAAUUUUUGGAUCAAGGUUAAUAAUAUUACAAAGUUAUGGUAAUCUAAAUAUGGAAUAUAUGUCUAAAACAUUUGAAAAUAAACAAGUAUCAUUUGUAAUGAUUGUACCAACAUUAAUGGUAACAUUAUGUGAAUAUUUAGAUGAUAAUAAUUAUUUUGAACGAAUCAAAAGUGUUCGAUCAUUUUGUUUAUUAGCGGUAGUUUCGCCAACAUAUGUGACAAAAACAUUUAAGAACGUAGUAUCCAAAAACGUAGCUCGCGCUCGAUCCGGCUCGUGGGACAUCGGCUCGUGGAUUGGAUCGGCUAGCCUGAAGGAAAAGAAAGUCUGCUCGCGGCUCGGCUCGAGCCUGAUCGAACUAGCUCGUGAGCGCGAGUCUACGAGCGGAUUAGGUAGCUCCCCCACCUCUGGUGAACCUUUAAAAUCAAAAAUUGUAUCAAAAUUAUCUGUACACAUACCAUCAGCAUUGAUUUAUAAUCUUUAUGGGCCUACAGAAUGUUGUAUUGCCUCAUCUUUUCAUCUUAUAAAUGAUCAAGACUUAAAUACACAACAAAUUAUUCCAAUUGGUCGUCCAUUACCUAACUAUGAAUUUUACGUAUUAGAUGAAUACUUACAAUUUGUUUCGAUUGGUCAAAUUGGUGAAAUAUACAUUGGUAGUAAUUCCGCACAUGCCCAGCAGCAACUUGAUCAAUAUCGUCAAAUCUGGACAUAG